AGUCUUAUCCUAUAUUCUUUGCGCUACCCCAGUGAUUGUCGUCUUCGCGUAACUUUAUCUCCCUCAGUUUCUCAGAGUCAAUAUCAAAGUUUCGCUCAGGACUGUUUCUUUUGGUUGAAGUUGUGCUUUUACUUGACUUUGUUCAUGGAUGGAAUGACCAAUACGUUGGAUAUGAUGAGCAGUUCUGCAUCAGUUAUGUUGCUGAACUUUAUGUACCUCUGCCACAGUGGACUUGCAAGUGAAUCAAGAGAUUAUGAAUGCAACGGUCUUCACGAUCAUUUGAAAACAAUUUCUACUGGCCCCCUGACCUUUGGCCUGCUUACUACUGCCCUGUCAGUAGUCUAUUCAGCUAUUCGUGCUGGGUCUUCUACAAUUCUGCUAUCCCCACCAAGUUCACCUCGUGCAGGCAUGGAUGAAGAUGAAGAACGAGAGGAAGGUUAUUACUUCACCCAGAGAAGCAAGAAAUACCCUAAUGGGAGUAGACCGAGUAGAUUUGUACACGUAAAAGGGAGUGAUGAUCAAGCAAUAAGCCCUCAACCUCAGGGCUUUUGGAAGAUGAGCUGUAAGAUGGACGAUAUUAGAGACCCAGAUGGAAACCUGCUUGGAAAGAAAAAUAGUCUCAACUAUUUCAGCGGUUCUGUCAAAACGGAAUGGAAAAUGCAUGAAUUUAUGCUACAUCCAUCCUUGGUGCCAUCCAAAAAGGAUGGAAAAAGCGAUGUGUUAGAUGAGAUGGUGCUGUGUAAGGUAUAUAGAUAUAUAAAAGAUGAUAAGUCAAAAGACAGAAAGCAAGGGAAGGCUGCAGAAACGCCACAGAUCAGGAGAUGUGAAGGAGAACUCAGUCAGCAGAUCAGCUCCACACGGCCAGAAACUAGUCAACGACCUUUGAAACUCAAGCAGCCUUCGAGUUAUCGGCAAGAACAAUCAAAUAAACGAGCUUUGGCUGCUGCACCCAUAGCACGAACAGUUGAACAACCCUCGGCUUAUCCUGUCCCUCUAACUCUAGUUAGACAAGUACCUUCGACUGCUCAACCUGAUCUGACACAUCUGGUUCGAGCACAAACGACCUUGACAGAACUGUCGAUGCCACUGCCGUUGCAACCUAUACAGAAUCACAUUGUAUAUCUAGCCCCGGCACAAGGUGGAGGACCAGUAUCCCAUUUUGUUCCCAAUGAAGCACAAUUACCACAAUGCGGAGAGUCUACCUUCUUUGUAUCACAACCACAACAACCCCAAUAUCGAGAGUCUACCUUCUUUGUACCACAACAACCUCAAUAUCAAGACUUCAAUAACUUGUGCGCACAAUAUGGAGAUCUCAUAUUCCAACAUGAACAGCCCAACUUUCUCGCUGAUAUUAACAUCAUGACGGCAAUCGAAUCUGACCUACAGUUCAAUUUUACUGAUUCGAACUUACUUAGCACUGAUAUCAACUCCCUGCAGUCUGGAGUGCAACAGCAGAUUUGUCAUGACUUCACCAUAUUGCAGCCCAACACCUUGGCCUUCACCCAGUCUGAUUAUCCACAUAAUGAUUCUAAAUUCUAA